GUAUUCUGACUUCCGCAUUUUGGGUGUGUGUGCCGUUUUAAAUCGUUACUCUGACUCACACUCGGUAAGGUCGCGGUUUGCCGAACCUUUAGCGGCACACAGGGGCAUUUUUCCCGGCAGAGGUCAAACUAACGGACCCUGAGCACCACCGACAUGUUGUUUCGUGCGCUGGUGUGAGAUUCUGAGCGUCUUUUCAAGCCGUCUUGUCAAAAAAAAUUAAACUCGCGACGGUCCCGAACUGUGCUUCCGAGUAGUGAACAUUUCCGGUGCUGGACUCGGAUUUCCUUUGUUGUGGUUCGUCACUCUCAGCCUAGAACCCAGCCGCCAUGCUGCAGCAGAUCCUAAAGACGAUGUACGUGGACCCUGAGAUCCUUUCGGAGCUGUCCGAGGAGCAGAAGCAGCUGCUGUUCUUUAAGAUGCGAGAAGAGCAGGUCCGCAGGUACAAGGAGUGGGAUGAGAAGGAGGCCAAGAAACCCAAGAAACAGCCUAAACCUGGGAAGAGAAGGAUACAGUUCCUGAAAGGUGCGGACGGGGAACCCUGGACCUGGGUGAUGGGGGAGGGGAGGGGAGAUGCGACGAUUGAGGAGAUUAUGGACCGGGAGGAUCAGCUGAGAGCCCAGAGGCUGGCAGAGAAGGAGGCCGAGGAGCUGAAGAGGAAGAACGAGGAGUUGAUUCGAGCGAAGCUGCAGGCAGAGAAGGAGAAACUGGAGCAGGAGAAACAGCGACUUGCUGAGGAGGCCAGGAGGAAGGAAGCGGAGGCACACGCCAGCAGGAAGGAAGCCAAGCUAGCUGCGGAGCGUGCGCGGAAGGCGUGGGCUGAGCAGGAGAAACAAGCCAAGGAGCUCGAGAAGAGGAAGGAGGCAGAACUCAAGUGCAACAAUUGUCAGGAGCCGGUACUACAGAGAAAAGAGCAGAUGGAGAGAAGGCGGAGUUUUGAGGAGGUGCACAAGAAGGCUGAGAAGAGAGCCAAGGAGCUGUACAUGAGUCUUAAGGAGGCGCGAGAGACGGCCAUCAAGGAGGCUGAGCAGGAGCAGGAGAGGAAGGAGCGGGAGUGGAGGGAACAAUUACAAAAACAGAAGGAGGCAGACAAGAGAAGAAGUAUGUUGGCGCGGAACGCUCGCGAGGAGUUUCGGCGGUCGGUCCACAUGGCGAUGGCCGACAACAAGAAACAAACUGUGUAUGACGUCGCCAUGCAGUUACAGAAACAGUCACUAGGGGGAGCCGCUACAGCCACAAGCAGUAGCAAGACGUCGUCCCCGACCCAAGCCUCCCUCCCGGCGCGGCCGACCUCUCGGCAGGAGGUCAUCCGGUGGUUCCAGGACUUUGAGCAGCCGAGACAGGCCGGCAUGGACGCACGGACGCACCAGGUCGCUAAGUGGUUCCACGGCAUCAUCUCACGACAGGAGGCGGAGGCCCUUCUGGAGGGUCGACCAGUCGGCAGUUUCCUGGUCCGGGUGAGCGAGCGGGUCUGGGGUUAUACCAUCUCCUACCGCGGGGAGGGCCGCUUCAAACACUUCCUCAUCGACACGUCAGACAACACGUACCAGUUCUUUGGCACAAAUCAGCUCUCGCAUGGCUCGCUAUGGGACCUGGUCAACUUUCAUAUGAAGGAGCCCAUCUCCAGUACCGGAGGUGAGGUGCUGAAGACUCCAUGUGGACAGACAAAGCAGCCGCCGGACUACCGCAACCUCAUGGGCGAAUCACAGAACUCCUCAUGGCUAUAACAAAUAAACAAAAAUAAACAAAUAACGUCUGAUGGGCAAAACAUAGAACUCCUCGUGGUUAUAACAAAUAAACAAACAAACAAAAUAAACAUAAUGUCUGCUAGGAGAACCACAAAACCCCUGUUUAUAACACACAAAAAAAUUGUAAAAAUACACAAACAAUUUUUGGAUGGGGGAAUCACUAACUCCUCCUAGUUAUGGUUACAAGUUUAAGUUGUCUUAAAUCUUGCUAAGGAAACCGCUUUCAGCAUUUCUUAUCCAAGAAUCUUUGAACUCGGGAAUUUUGUAUCGUCUUCUUCUUCAGUUUUUGAGAUGCUCAAAUCCAGCCUACUGAAAAAUUCCACAUUUUGCUGGAAAAAUAUGAUGAUUGUAAUUUUGCAGAAAUUAAAGAUUUAAACUUGUCAUGAAUCACAGAUCAUAGAAAAGGAGUUUUCAAAAUGCUGUGUCUAUAUAGAGGUAUGAUAAUCAGAAUGUUGUAAAAAUGAAAGUUUUUUUGGAAGAAAAUAUUCACAGCUUUCACAGUGAAGUUUUCCACAGUGAAAAUGCAAGUCUGCAUGAGAGAAGAGUAAAACGCCAUCUUGUAAGUUACAUGUUGUUACACUCUAGCCAAACAUUUAACAAA